GAUAACAACAACAUGGCGGCGACCAUGAAAUGGAAAAAAAUCUCGAAUUCUAGCGGCCCUGUCCCACGUCCACGGCAUGGACACCGUGCGGUAGCCAUUAGGGAGCUUAUGGUUGUUUUUGGUGGUGGAAAUGAAGGGAUUGUGGACGAACUUCACGUGUAUAACUCAGCUACAAAUCAAUGGUUUGUACCGGCUGUGAGAGGUGAUAUUCCGCCGGGAUGCGCCGCGUAUGGCUUUGUUUGCGAUGGAACAAGACUCAUUAUAUUCGGUGGAAUGGUGGAGUAUGGAAGGUAUUCAAACGAGCUGUAUGAACUGCAAGCUAGUAGAUGGGAAUGGAAAAGAUUAAAGCCAAAACACCCAAAAAACACUAACGCUUCUCCUCCUUGUGCAAGACUUGGUCAUAGUUUCACAUUAGUUGGUCACAAAGCGUAUUUGUUUGCUGGCUUGGCAAAUGACAGUGAAGAUCCAAAAAAUAAUAUACCCAGAUACCUCAACGAUCUUUAUGUUUUGGAUGUGAAAAGUGGAAACUCACUACAGUGGGAUUACCCACAGACAUUUGGUACCCCUCCCUCCCCUAGAGAGUCUCAUACUUGUGUUGCUUACACUCCAUCUGAUGGCAAACACUCAAGGCUUAUAGUUUAUGGAGGGAUGAGUGGAUGUAGACUGGGUGAUCUCUAUCAAUUGGAUAUUGAUACAAUGAUGUGGUCCAAACCCAAUUCUCGUGGCGCUGUACCUUUACCCAGAAGUCUUCAUUCUGCUACUACAAUAGGCAACAAGAUGUUUGUAUUUGGUGGAUGGGUUCCCCUAGUAAUGGAUGAAGUCAAAGGUUUACAGCAUGAGAAAGAGUGGAAAUGCACCAAUUCACUUGCGUGCUUGAAUUUAGAAACAAUGAAUUGGGAAAAUGUUGUUAUGGAUCAAUUUGAUGACAGUCUUCCUAGAGCUAGAGCUGGCCAUUGUGCUGUCUCUAUCAACACAAGGAUGUAUGUAUGGAGUGGAAGGGAUGGUUACAGAAAAGCUUGGAAUAAUCAGGUUUGCUGCAAGGAUCUUUGGUUCCUUGAAACUGCUAAGCCGCCAGCUCCAAGCCGAGUCCAACUAGUCCGUGCAAGUACAACCACACUUGAAGUUUGUUGGGGUUCUGUUGCUACAGCGGAUGCAUAUGUUCUUCAACUACAAAAGUACGAGAUGCCUCCAAGUCCAGUGGUAUCCCAAGCAUCAGUUAAACAGCCUAUAAAAAUAGCCAGUCCACGUCCAUCAUUGAAACCUCCUUUAUCAUCACCAACUCCUAAGCUUCCUACACAGGYACCAGCAAAGACAACAGUUCCUAGCAUGCCAGCACCAGGGCUUCCUUCCAAAAUAACUGCCAGUCCUAUUAGUACACCUCAUUCUACAACCCAUUCUACUACUCCACUUACCAAUGUACCAGCACAACACAAGACAACAGCAGCUCAGCCAGCUUCAGGUAUCAUAUCUUCUACAGUAUCAUCACCACUGAAAAGAGUAAUCCAGACUACUAUUGCAAACACAGCAAGCACUUCAACCCCUUCAAAACAGGCUGUAACGUCACAAGCAGUGCUGCAGGGACAAGCCGCUGGUAUUACCACUCCCCAGGGUUUGACCUUAGUACGUACRCCUAUGCAGCUCCCCCCUGGAAUACAUGCUACAAUGAUCACCAAUGCUAAGGGUGURCCUAUGAUGAAGCUUGAGGGACCAGGUCUACAAGGUACUAGUCCAGUUACCCUAAUGACGUCCCAAGUUGGUACUGCUGCUCUUCAAGGGGCUACCAUAGUAAGAAUGGCUGCACCAUCCACUACAACAGUGACAGCUUCUACUCUUAGUAAUAUUGUCAAAGUUUCAACACCAGUAGCCUCAACAACUACACCAAGUACAGCCAUUAAGAAAAUCCCUGCUCAAAGUCCAACAGCAAAAACUCCUACAACGACAGCUUCUCAGUCAGUAGUCAAACAGCCAGUGCCUGUCACUCUUCCUGCCAACAUCCCUCCAGGUACACAGAUCAAGGUUCUUAGUCCAUCUGGACAACUGACACCAUUAGGAGCUGGAGGGGUACCACUUCAACUUGCUUUACAAAAUAUCAGAGCUCAGUUACCCCCAGGAAUGCAAUUACAGCAAAUCAAAGCUGGUGCCAAUACCAUUUUCCAGGCAGUACCUAUUGCAGCAACCAAGACAUCAACUACACCUCAAUCUCCAGCUGCAAGUCCUGCGCAGUCUUCUGCAUCAACUGGUGUUAGUAGUACCGUACCACAGCAAACCACAACACUGGCAAGCUUGGCAAAACCACAGGUUGGCAGUGUGACAAAGAUACCAGGUGUCACAUUAGUAUCCCAGCUUGGUACACAACUCAAGGUUCUUCCUUCUUUGUCGUCCACACAUGCCGCAACCAUUGCAACUACAGCUUCUCUGACACAGGUUGCAAAGACAACACAGGCAUUAGCUGCCACAGCAGUGAAGACUGUAACAACAGCAACUAUGGUUGUAAAACAGAUUAUACCUACAGUUACAGCAUCUCCGUCACAGGUUGCUUCAUCAACAGCACUUCAAAAACCUGCAACAGUAUCACUAGUGAAGCCCACAGUCAUCCCUAUUAAUCUACCAACUGCAGUAACAGGCAUUCCAAAAGUUGCCGUCAUUCCUAGUUCCUGCACAACAACUACAGCAUCAUUGAUUUCAACUCAAACAUUGCUAUCCAAAACUACAACUGCUUUAACUAGCGGUACAGUCCAACAAAUAAGUAAACCAGUUCUCACUAUCCCUAAAACUACCAUAGCAAAUGCACCAGGAAUACCUGUAACACUUCCUUUGACAAGAGUAACCAAAGCUGUCACUACUCCUGUUGUUUCUGCUCUUACAACACCAUUAGUUUCUUCGACCAUUCCUUCUACAAAGCAAGCUGCCCCCAAUGUCUCGUCAAGUUUAGCAACUACACAGAAAGCUCCAUUGACUUCUGUUGUCCAGCAAAAAGCUGGUGCACCUUCGUCUUCCCUUCUUCCAACCACAGUUGCUGCUAGUUUAGCUUCAACUUCAAAAACUGCAUUGACUGUGAAUGGUAAUGCUCCCACAGGUCAAGCAGGAACUAAAUUAAGUGCAAUGCAGCAAAAGAAUCCCAAGCAAAACAAGAUAGUGACUGUAAGAAAGACACAGCAACAAAGUGUAUGGUAUGAUGUGGGUAUUGUCAAGGGAACUACCAUGAUGGUUACUCACUAUCACCUUACCUCAGAUGGCACAAUCAAAGAGUCAUCUGAGAUUGACGUAGUUGGUACAGAACAUAGUUCUCCAAAGAAACAGGAACUGCAGCCUGGAACAGCUUAUAAAUUCAGAGUUGCUGCUAUUAAUACAUGUGGAAGAGGACCCUUUAGUGAUGUGUCUGCUUUCAAAACUUGUCUGCCAGGUUUUCCUGGAGCACCAUCAGCCAUUAAAAUUAGCAAGAAUGGCGAUGGAGCUCAUCUAUCCUGGGAGGCACCAUCCAAUGCAUCUGGUAAUGUAACUGAGUACUCUGUAUAUCUAGCAAUCCGUAGCCAAGCAUCUGGUCAAGACAUCAAAGAAAUGAGUGGUGUAAACACUCCUAGUAAUCCAGUACAACUGGCCUUUGUGAGGGUUUAUUGUGGYGCACAACCCACAUGUACUGUAUCCAUGGCAACAUUGACAAGUGCACACAUUGACUUCUCUACCAAACCAGCAAUCAUUUUUAGAAUUGCUGCCAAAAAUGACAAAGGAUAUGGUCCUGCUACACAAGUGAGAUGGUUACAAGAUCCAAGAGAUUUAAAAGAUGGACAGUUAAUCGUAAAACAAGCUAUAAAGAGAGCUGCUUCAGAAAAGUCUUCUGAGUCUGCUCCUAAAAAAGUCAAAAAAGAAAAGGACAAAGCUAAAAAAGAGAAAGAAGCUGAAAAAGACAAAGAGGACAAAAAAGUGAACAAUUUAGAAAAUGUGAAACCCAAAGAYRCUGAGCAGAAGAAAGAAACACCAAGUGAAGCACCUUCAGAAAGAACAGAAGCAGCUGUMAAGACAGAACCCAAUGAAAAAACAGAUUCAUAAUGAAGAGAUCUAAUCUACUAACAGCAUCRUGUAUGCUUCUUCGGGAACUUGCAUAUAAGUACUGCARCAUUACUUGUCUGCCAGAAAUUAUUGAAGGUCAUGACUACUAGAACACUCCAUGUACAUUGUAUUUGGUUUGAGUUGUCUUUUUUUCUAUUCUUUCUAUUCAAGCAUUCCUUAAUGUCAUUGCAUGUUGUUGUGCAACACAAGUGUUGCUUUUUGUAUGGUAAAAUGGAAUGUUGUUUUUUUGUUGUUGUUGUUUCUAAAUUAUUACAUUCUUUUUAAGUUUCAUUGCGCUCUGAAAAUGUUGCUUUGAAAGACCACAUGUUCUCUGGUGUCAGUAGCAAAGCUAGUAGCCUGAAUCCAGUGGUUGAAAGAUUUCAAUGCCAAUUCUGUAUUUUUUUUACAGUGUAAAAGCAUCUAGAGCUAUAGUACCAUAUGAUGCAUUUUAGAUGUUUCAGUUGAACAACACCAUGAAUGACAUAGGGAUGUUUGAAAUAGAAUGGAAUCAUUGUUACUUGAUCUUCGUACAAUUUUAUUGGAUUAGAACUUUGUUAAAUUAUURCUUUUGAUGAAUAUUUGGCAAGAUGUCAAAAAAUAACCAUCAUGUAUCGAGGGUUCAUGUUACAAUGAUUCUAUUUCAUUUUUAAGUGUAAGUUUCUGUAUCAGAAAUAUGUUACUACCAGUUUACCCAAACGUAUCAGAGUAUUUUUUAUAUUAUCAAAGAYGCUAUGAAGUGUGUCCAGGUUGUAGCCACACUGCUGUAGAAAGGCUGAACUUGCUAAGUUAUAAUUAAUGUACAUUUGCAUGAUCUAAAGUCAUUAUGUUAUGUAACCCUCUCAGUCAGAUGUAAUGAUGCUGUUCAAUUUCAAAAACCUAUUUUGUUUAGGCUGAUAGAAAGGAAAWAGCAUCGAUUGACAUUCAAAAACAGUGACAAUGAAAAGUUGAAGAGUAGACAGUAAURUCCCUUUUUAGACUACUCACAUGGCAGCAUGAAUAAUGGAAGAAACGUUUUUAUUUUUUACACAAAGUCCUCAAAUCAAGGCAGUGUUUCUUCUCCUUGUGGCGGUGUUUUGUGUGUCUCCUUCUCAUUACUUAGAAAUUGAGCAGGAAGUUGCCAGUYAUAGUGCAAGUUUUUAAUACAGUAAUAUUUAUAGUAAAUGUAUGUAAGAGCAUUAAACAUAACUGACAAAAACUACAAGUUUUCUUUCCAUUGAUGUCAGAAAAUUCAUAACUAUAAUUAUACUAACCUAAAGUAACUGUAAAGGARAAGUUAAUGUUAACAUACAAAUGGGACUAGUCAAUCAAGACAGUAGUGGGUAGCAUCAAAGGUCAGUUAGCAAGAAUUAUUGUGUAAUAGUCUUCUUCAUGGUUCAGUGUACCAUCUUGAAAGGUAGCYGUGCCUUUCAAGAUGGCCCAAGGAACUGUGAAGAAGACUAUUGAAAUGGAAUAUGCUUUUUUCAACACCAUGAAGAAAAUGCUUUUCAUUGAUCUUCCUGUCUUCCAUCUUGAAAUAUCAGAAGUAAGACUUAGAAGUGAUUUUUCAUCAUCUGUGAAAAAAAAAACACUGAUUGUCUAUCAGUGAUAAAUAUAAGUUUCAAGUCCACUAUUAUUUUAAUGUAAACUCAGCCAUUAUUUCACAGAGAAGAUGGAAAAUCACAAUAAUAUUAGUAAGAAGACAAAAUAACUUGUUUUGAGUUUGGACUACACUAUUUUUUAUGAAAGACCUAACUAUUAUCUUAGUGUCAGUUUAUAAAAUAGUAUGAUGGAGUCAUGAGAACAUAAGUAAUGUGCUUAGCAAAUACCCAUCUGAAUGUAUUUAAAGACAUUACUAUAAUACUAGGACAGUGGCUUACAGAUAAAAUCCUGUAAUAGCCUCGGAUGCUGGUACUACAUGUAGUUUCCAAUAGAUGUUGAUUUAUGGGACAAGAUGGAGUGACAUUGCAUUAAACCAGAAUGUAUGGAUCUAAUAAACCAGGCUAAUACUUGUAUAUUACCAUUAAAGAUGGAUUAUUAUCAA